UCAACGCUGAUUGAAAUGGCGUCGGGCACGGUGCGUAGGUGGGCUCUCGUCGCUGUUUCUCUGCUAAACUUUGCAUUUGUUUUCAUUUCCGGUGCAGACUUUAUUCGGUUUAUAUCAUUCCGAGCCAUUUACCACAACAUCACUGGGGACACGACACUGUGUCAAGACUCCAUACCGUGGUCUGUGGCCCUGCGGGACAGCUCUGUCCUCGGGUCUCUCGCUGUGGAUCUGGGGCUGCUGGCUCUCUUCAUCACACAGCACAGUGUGCUCGCCUGGGCUCCGGUCAAAAAGGCUCUCCAGUCAGGGCUGGGGGCCCUGAACAGGACGGCAUACUGUUUCAGCACUGUAGUGGCACUCCAGAUCUUGAUGCGUUACUGGCAGCCUGUGACUGACGCCCCCUGUCUGUGGUCAGUGCUUCAUGCACCCUGGAGCGUCUGGUUCCCUCUGCUCUGCUUCAGCCUGCACUUCCUCUGCUGGGCCAUCAUCUGCAGCAUCCUCAUGAUCUUUGAUUACCCUGAACUGUUAGGCCUCAAGCAGGUGUAUUACGAGUGUCUCGGUUUAGGAGACCCCCUGUCUCACAAGUCCCCAGGUGCCCAGCGCCUCCUGUCUCACUUCCGCCACCCGGUGUGCCUGGAGCUGGGCGUCGUGCUGUGGCUCCUGCCAGCUUUGUCCCUGGAUAGGCUCCUGCUGGCGGGGACUCUGUCGUCCUACCUGGCCCUGGCACACUCUCUGGACAAACAGGAUUUAGCCUACCUCUGCGUCCAGCUUAACAGCAAGCUGCAGGUCUUUGCUGAGCCGCACCACGGCAGCACCAGCACCAACGACCCCAAGGAGAAGUGAAGUAACGGUCUUCUUACCACUGCGUUGUGAAGCUGCCUGCUGUUUUUUUAUAUGAAUCAAAUAUUGUUCAGACUUCUCAAUGAGCCUAAAGAUGAUCUGGCCAUUUCUGGAAAUUGCAAAAGACACACUCAACUUGACACUGUAUUUUUUUAAACAUUUCACUGUAUAUGUAGUUUUAGAAAGCGAGAGUUUUAAGGCAAAAGGUUUUACAGUUUGAACAAAUGAUUGUUACCUCGGCCAAGGAGAUUAGAUGAUUAUUGUUUUUGGUUUGUUUGUUUGUAAACAAGAUUACGUAAAAACUACUUUUUGGAUUUUCAUUUUGGAGUGGAUCUGAAUCCCAGGUCAUUGUAGUUUCUUUUAUAUUUUUGAGAAUAUUUUUAUAUGUUACAAUUUAAAGAUUACUUAAGGUUAUCAGGUUAGUCUUUUAUUGCAAUAAUAUAAUUUUUAUUUUAUAUUUCAUAUGAAAAGUAAUGCAAUUUAACAGAAUUUAUUUUGUUUGUCGUAUAGUUUCUUUUUUAUAGGCUUUUACUUUCCAUGUGCCAUCUGCACUUACGCUAUAUUCGUGCACACUCAUUUAAAAUGGAAUUGUUAUUAAAUGUCAAACUAAGAUUUCACACUGGUAAAAGCACAAAAAGCUGUUUGUUUUUCACAAGUUACAGCUUCAAUAAUAAAUAAUUGUAUUUCUGAGAUAA